AUGGAGGUUCUGUCGACAAUUGGUUUAUUAAUUGUACUUGCUGUGACUAUUUAUGGAUUUCUGCUGCAUCAAUUUUCAUACUGGAAGCGACGAAAUGUUCCGUACAUAGAACCACAUUUGAUUUAUGGAAAUGCCAAAGGAGUUGAGUCUAAAUUUCAUCAUACAAAGUUUUGGAUUGAUUUGUACCAAAAGUUAAAGUCUAAAGGACCUGUUGCUGGGAUUUAUGUCUUUUUCUAUCCAAUUGCCAUCGUCACAGACUUAGAUCUAGUCAAGCAGAUACUUGUUAAAGACUUUAAUGUGUUUGUGAAUCGAGGACAUUACCUGAACCUCAAAGAUGAUCCAAUUAGUGCUCAUUUGUUCAAUAUUGAGGAUGAAUCAUGGAAAUUUAUGAGGAACAAGUUAUCGCCGGCAUUCAGCAGUGGGAAACUUAAAGCCAUGUUCCCAACCAUCAUUAAACUUGCUGACAAAUUCACAGAAAUUGCUGAAACCAACACUUCAUUGGAUGUCCGAGACUUAGGUGCUAGAUUCGCUAGUGAUGUCCUCGGAUCGGUUGGCUUUGGAAUCGAGUGCAAUGCAAUGUCCACAAAUGACUCAGAAUACCACAAAAUAGCAACAAACUUCAUGAAUAAUUUGAGAUUUAUGAGCAAAACUUUCUUGGAAAGCAAUCGAAAGUUCUUCAAUUUCAUAAGAUUCACAAACAUUGAUGACUUUACCAGGACAUUCUACACAACAAUUGUCGACAAAAUUCUGCAAUAUCGCGAGGAAAAUUCUGUAAAUCGAACAGACUUUUUAAAUUUUAUGAUUCACGAGAAAGACUCAUCAAGACAACUGACUAGAAUUGAAAUGGCAUCUCAAACUGGAGUGUUUCUUGUUGCUGGCCAUGAAGUUGUUGUAUCGCUGCUUUCACAUUGUCUUUAUGAACUGGCAUUAAGAAAAGAUUUACAGGAGAAUGCUAGAAAUUCAAUAAAGCAGGUGCUUGAUGAGUUUAAUGGAGAGUUCAGCUAUGAGUCGGUUUAUAAGAUGGAUUAUAUUGAACAGUGCAUUUAUGAAACUGCCAGAAAAUAUUUCAUCGCUGUUAGUGUUCGUCGUGUUGUAACAAGAGACUAUAAAGUGCCAAAUACUGACAUUGUUCUAGAGAAAGGCACAGUCGUCCAAAUUCCAGUCUACGCAAUCCAUCAAGAUCCAGAAAUCUACCCAGAACCUGAAAAAUGGGAUCCUGAGAGAUUCUCACCAGAAAAUGUAGAAAAACGACAUAAAUUUGCAUUCUUAGCAUUCGGAGAAGGUCCACGGAUGUGCAUUGGAAAAAGGCUUGGAGUUUUCAUCCUAAAGACAGUUUUGGCAAAAUUCUUAAUGAGCUAUGAAUUCAACCUUGAUACAAAUAAGACGACAGUUCCAAUCAAGCAUUGCAUAAAGAAGCUUUUCCUUACACCUUCAGACGGCAUUCAUAUCAAUGUCACUAAGUCAAAAUUUAAUUAA